AGCCCUCCCUUCCCACGCCCCAGUGCGCUGUGGGAUAGUGGCACUAUAAAGUAUAUCCUCUCUCGGAGAAAGAUAAGAAGCCCGAGACAGGAGGGGGAUGAAGAUGGCGGACGCCAAGCAGAAGAGGAACGAACAGUUAAAGCGAUGGCUGGGCUCGGAAACAGACCUGGAGCCUCCUAUUCUGAAAAAGAAGAAGACGAAGGUGAAGUUCGAUGAUGGCGCCGUGUUUCUGGCAGCCUGCUCAAGCGGCGAUACCGAGGAGGUGCUCCGAAUGCUUGACCGGGGCGCUGACAUCAACUACGCCAAUGUAGACGGUCUCACCGCCCUCCACCAGGCAUGUAUAGAUGACAAUGUUGACAUGGUGACCUUCCUGGUGGAGCAUGGAGCCAGCAUCAACCAGCCAGACAAUGAAGGCUGGAUCCCCCUCCACGCUGCAGCAUCCUGUGGAUACCUUGACAUUGCAGAGUAUUUAAUCAGUCAGGGUGCCAGUGUAGGAGUUGUGAACAGUGAGGGUGAGACCCCUCUGGACAUUGCUGAAGAAGAAGCAAUGGAAGAGCUCCUGCAGAAUGAGAUUAACCGACAAGGGGUGGAUAUCGAAGCAGCUCGAAAAGAGGAGGAGCGGAUCAUGCUGAGGGACGCCCGGCAGUGGCUUAACAGUGGCCAGAUCCAGGACAUCCGACACGCCAAGUCUGGAGGAACGGCACUCCAUGUCGCAGCUGCGAAGGGAUACGUCGAGGUUUUAAAGCUUUUAAUUCAAGCAGGGUAUGAUGUAAAUAUUAAGGACUAUGAUGGCUGGACUCCUCUACAUGCAGCAGCACACUGGGGCAAAGAGGAGGCGUGUAGGAUACUGGUAGAGCAUCUGUGUGACAUGGACCUUAUUAAUAAAAUGGGCCAGACAGCUUUUGAUGUAGCAGACGAAGAUGUUCUAGGAUACUUGGAAGAAUUACAAAAGAAACAAAAUCUGCUGAUGAGUGACAAGAAAGUUGUUAAGAAAUCUCCUUUGAUUGAAACGACAACCACAGGGGACAACAACCAAUCACUAAAACCACUGAAGAGUAAAGAAACGCUACUUCUGGAGCCAGAGAAAACUGCCCCACGCAUUGAGACCUUAGAACCGGAGAAGGUGGAUGAAGAAGAGGAGGGGAAGAAGGACGAAUCAAGCUGCUCAAGUGAAGAAGAGGAGGAAGAAGAUUCAGAGUCAGAGACUGAAGCAGAAAAGAGCAAGCCUUCAGCAUCGGUGAGCAACAGCACGACACCGACCCCAUCCACCAUCACAGUGUCUUCUCCAACCAGUCCAACCAACCAGGUGACAUCUCCCUCUUCACCGGUAAAGAAGUUUGAUUGUAUUACUCCCCUCAUGCCUGUGGCGGAGCCAGGCUGUCCUGCAUUGUGGCGUCAAGGCUUGCGCAAAACUGGCAUUUCUCUUGUGCCCAAAAAACUUAUGGUCAGUCAGCCUGCUGGAAAGGUUUCAAGUAAAGUGGAGGAGGAGAGAAAGGAUGAGUCUCCAGCAUCAUGGCGUCUAGGUUUGAGAAAGACUGGCAGCUAUGGGGCGUUAGCAGAGAUCACAGCUACCAAGGAGGCUCAGAGGGAGAAGGACACAACUGGGGUUAUGCGCUCAGCCUCAAGCCCUCGCCUGUCCUCCUCCCUGGACAACAAAGACAAAGACAAGGAAAAAGAUAAAGGAACCCGGCUUGCCUAUGUGGCUCCCACUAUCCCCAGGAGACUGGCCAGUACUUCAGACAUCGAUGAGAAGGAAAACAGGGACUCUACUGCCACUCUGAUACGUAGUGGCUCUUACACUCGGCGACGGUGGGAUGAUGACCUGAAGAACUCUGAAGGAAGUACCUCCACCAACCGAACCUCCAGCUAUCAACGCAGCACGUCCCAUACGCUAGCACUAGGGCGGAGCGGCAGCACGCGGGACGUGCCAGCCAAGUCUUCGUCCACCUCCAGCUUGGACCCUAACACCUGUAAUACUAAACCCUGGCAGCCACCCGCCUCCCACUACCAGUCUUACAGCAUUUACCGCAGUGGCUCCUUUGGAAGAAGACAAGAGGACUUGAGCUCCUCAACCACCUCCUCCUCCAUGACCACCACCACCUCCUCAUCUGUUACCUCGCCCACAGGCCAUCGGGGCCUGUUCUCCAGCCUGGGCUCCUCCUCUACCCGCACUGGCUCCACCAGUCUCACCAGCAGGUACUGGUCAGAGGAGAGUACAGAGAGGGAAAAAGAGAAGGAGAAGGAGUCUGCUGCAGUCAUCCCCACUAUAAACACUGGCUCCACUACGACCACCACAUCUACCACUACCACGAGCGCCAUAUCUACCACUACCACCACUGGCACUGUUACUGGCUCAGAAAGACGCAGGUCAUAUCUGACGCCAGUACGCGAUGAGGAGUCAGAGUCCCAGAGGAAAGCUCGCUCCAGACAGGCUCGACAGUCGAGGAGAUCCACCCAGGGUGUGACUCUGACUGACCUGCAAGAGGCCGAGAAAAUCGGCAGGAGUCGUACCCCAAAGACCCGGGAGGAGGAGAAGGAUGAGAAGGAGAAGCAGGACAAAGAGAAGCAGGAGGAGAAGAAGGAGACAGAGACAAAGGAGGAUGAUUACAGAUCAAAGUACCGCAGCUUUGAAGAGCGUUACCGGCCUUCAUUGUCCUCCUCAACCUCCUCCAUUUCUGCGGUCAGCACUGCCUCUACCCCGUCCUACUCUAGCACCUCUUUGUCCUCCAGUUCUAGCUCGCUCAACAGGCCUAACAGUCUGACGGGGAUCACCUCCUCCUACAGCCGUUCCUCCAGAGACACAGAAAAGGAAACGGACAAAAAGGAGGAGGACAAGGAAGGAGAGGACAAGUCUCAACCCCGCUCCAUACGGGAUCGCAGGCGGCCCCGCGAGAAGAGACGCUCCACAGGAGUUUCCUUCUGGACCCAAGAUGGUGAUGAAAAUGACCCUGAGCAGCAGUCGGACUCAGAGGAAGGCAGCACCAAGGGAGAUCUACAGAGUGACAGAUUGUCCAGGAAUGAGAGCAGCACUUCAUCUUUAGAUCGCAAUGACACUCUUUUUAGCCGUGGCUAUGGUGAGAGUCGAAGGCCGUACUCAAGCCGACUGGAUAGAGACGACACCACUGAUUAUAAAAAGCUCUAUGAGCAGAUCUUAGCUGAGAAUGAGAAGUUGAAGGCUCAGUUACGUGACACAGACCUGGAGCUGGCAGAUUUGAAGUUACAACUAGAGAAAGCCACACAGAGGCAGGAACGCUAUGCUGACCGGUCACAGCUUGAGAUGGAGAAAAGGGAAAGAAGAGCUCUAGAAAGGAAGAUUUCUGAGAUGGAGGAGGAACUUAAGAACCUCCCCCAGAUGCUCCCAGACUUGAAAGCAGACAACCAGAGACUAAAGGACGAGAACGGAGCGCUCAUUCGAGUCAUUAGCAAGCUUUCCAAGUAGAACAGGACCCCCCACCCCGCCCCGUUUUCUGCACCCCCUAGUCCCCCAUGGCAGUGACUAAUGGAAUUGCACAUUUAGAUAUUAAUUGCAACAGACAUCAGAGACAAGACUCCUUUUCUUUUCCUUAUCUCCUCCCAACUCUUUAUCUCCCUUUUUCGCUCCUUCACCGCUGCAGCAUCCACCUCAUCCAUUCAUCCACCCACCCCCCACCUCCUCGACUAUACUCCACUUGAUUCUGUGGCUGCUGUCCUGAUUGAACCACUGAGUUUACAGAGCAAAAGGAAAAAGGGUUGUGUGAUGAGCAUGUAAAAGCAUUGUGGGCGGGGAAGCCACAAAACUAUUUAACCAAUAAGCCUUAGUUGUACAUAAAGAGAAAAAGAAAAAAACACUUGCAUCAAUCUCUUCUCUCGGCUCUCACUGAAGAACAGAUAUUAUUCAACACCUGAUUUUAUUUGUGCCACAAAUUCUUAUUUUUACUUUUUUUUUUUUUUGUUUGUUUCCUCUUCCUGUGUACGCAUUGUGUGCUGUGCAGCUUCCUCCUUCCCUAACUGCCCCUAAAGUGCCACUCCUGCCCUAUUAUCAGCUCCGUGUGGCCUCUAUCUCGGUGCAAGUGACCCCCCCCCCCCCCCCCCCCCCCCCACUACACCUUCUCAUUCCAUCUCAGUUUCCUCACACAGAUCACUAGCGCACACACACUCGCCCACCCUCUCCCUUUUUUUUUUUUUUUUUUUUUUUUUUUUUUUACCUCUGCGUGUCUUCCUCCAAGAGGGAAAUACUGAAUUCUUGCUUUAGCAAAAUGAGGCGGACCUGGUGGAAUUUAAGCUUUCACUGUAUGUGCAAUAUGCAUUUCUUUCUUUUUUUUUUUUUUUAAUGCUUUAAUGAUGAGUCCAUCACAAGUAGGAUUUUUCACUCUUCCACCGCAUCCAUCGCUCACUUUCCUCCCCUCUUUUUUUUUUUUUUUUUUUUUUUUUUUUUUUUGUUUUAAGUUUGUAGUGUAGUCAGUUUAUACUCUGUAUUUCUCACUUUGUUUUAGCAGGUACUGAGUGAUGCUGUAUAUACCUGUAUGUAUUUGUUUGAGACCAGCACAUGGCAUGCGUUUAUGGUUCCCGUCUGUUACUAUUAAAAGUAUACAAAUUCCAGAGGACAAAAGGUGUGUUUUAAUUAUUUUAUUUAGUCUAAAGACAUUGAAUACAAUACAGUAGAGCCUCUCUCUUACAUGGGACGGCUGGCAGUGUUCAGUGCUUUUUUUUUUUUUCCAGUUUAAAAUAAGUGUUCACAUAAUUGUGAGAUUAAACAAAAAAAAAUAAUAAUCGCUUCACUACAUUUCACUUUCAUUGUAUUCAGUAUCUUGGAAGAGUGCUGUUAAUUUUGUUUCCAAUUUUUUAAAGCUGUAGUAUUAUAGCCAAGGUGUUGUCACUAAAAAAAAAAUAUCUUAGGUAUCGCUAACCCAGUCCUUUUUACAAUGUCUACAUGCACUGUCAAUGCCAUGUGAGGAGUCUUGAUGUCAGGUUCAAGCAAAAUUGCCACCAUCAAAUAUUCCAUGCAUCUAAAAACAUUUUAUGCAUUUCAGUGGCCUUUUAAGGAUAUUUUAGUAAGAGAAGAGAAAAGUCACUGCGGAUGGACUGAUGGCCAUCUACUCUGGUUUAGACUUUUUGUUUUUGUUGUUUUUUUUUUUUUUUUCUUUUUUUCCCAUCAUCUUGUAAAAUAGGUGUGUGGCUUAAUACAUGCAAGCUGUGCUGUGACUACCAACCACUGAAGAGUUCAUUAAAAAUAAAGUUGUACAUUGUAAAGUUC